AUGCCUCCGUCAUCACCGCCGCCGCCCAUCACGAAUCUACCCACCGAGGUAUGCGAUCUCAUUAUCGACCGACUGCCGCUUCAAAAAGAUCGAGUGAACGCAUGGGUGGCGUUCAACUUGACCUUUAAAGAGCAUCGGGUAUCAUGUACCGCAUUCAACUUCGAGAAAGCCAUCCAAGAGUUGAGAAGUACGAUCCUUAACAGUGCUCCUCUAUCCCGGCUACUCGCAGACACGAUGGGGAUUGACUUGACGAGACUUGAAACGAAAAUACGACCCACUCCUGCAAGCGCCUUCGCCCAUCUCAAUCGAUUUAUGUACAACCGGCUACAUAAGGAAGUCAACUCGACCGAUCCGCAAUGGAUGGUACAGGGUCAGCCAUUCUCGGCACAAUUUGUCGCCGACGAGAGAAUCGCCGACAUUUCGCGCCUUAGGGAAUGGCUUCUUUUUGGCACUCCCUUCGCCAACCAAGUCGAGAAACCCAAGGAACGAGUGCGCAGGGAGAAUGGAUACAAGCUCUUUCUGAGUAAGAUCGCCUCAGACUCAAAGUACGGCGGAGAUGUUUGUCAGGAAUGCCUUGGCCCCGUCCCCAACGACCUGCAGCAAGCUCCAGGUACUCGAUUCUGCCGGGCACAUCAAGUUGUGUUCUGCGACGAGUAUCGUGUGGCUCUUUCAGACUUCACGCGCUACUAUAUUGGCCUCGGCGGCAAGAUGGCACCAUCAAACCCUGCUCAGUACUGGAUGGGGAUGGAAAUGAUCCACAUGUCCACAAAAUCCAACAGAAUGCAGACCACUAUCUCAAGAGAAGACGCAGACACGCUUUGUUUAUGUUUGGUGGGCACGACCUGGCAUGACUUCCGGAUCUAUGCGCGAAACCCAUCCUGGACCCUCCUGACAGCUCGUCCUUUGGACAUAAAAUACCAGAUCUGUAGCAGCGCCAUAUAUCUGCUACGACUUUGGGCUUCAGACACUCCUGAAUUGCGCUGGGUUUGGGAUACAAAUGAGAUUGGUGGAUGCGUUCCGCCAGUGGACAUCAGUGUGAGGAAGAUGUUGGGUGGUACACCGUGCGAAGGAGGUGACUACAUUCUGCUGCACAAAUUCAUGCAACGUUUGUAUGAUCGUCAUAUCUCCAACUUCCCGGGCGUCAGGAGUAGAGCACCCAGCGCUGCGGAAGAACGUUCGCUCGUGGAUGCAAUGGUUGGACAUUAUCUGAACCGUCAGCUGGAGAAGCACAGCAGAAUCUCGUUCAUGACACUCUUCAGAGGCUUUGACAUCAAGGUCUUUAGACCUUACGAGCCUCUUGUGUUCCAGACGCAGACUGGUGCUGUGGCACCGACAACCGUCUUCCAACCACCUAUGUCGAACCGAAUGGAUGCUUUCACCUGCACCUUGAACGAAGCAGAGCGUUUAGGUCUGAACAUCCAUGGACGUAGACUCCAGCAGAUUGCGCAGCUUCCAAGACAGACACGCAACCUCAAUCACGGAAGAUAUGUCACCAAGAUCGCCGCCAUGGAGUACAUUCGCAGCUCGCUCACCAUCAAUACCUUGGAAAUAUACAUCAAUCUGCAAAGCGUGAUCAACGGCAUGGUUUCGACGACCAUGAGCACACCACUUCCAGCGGUGCCCCAUGUGGCAUACGCUCCUGAUGUGCUCGUCGCAUCGGCCCUUGGGCGAAUUCUUCAGUUUAUUGACGGGAAGCUGCGCGCACAGACCUCGUCAACUCUCCUGGCGAUGCUGGAAGACAUCAGAGACAUCAACGAGGUGCCACUCUGGCUGGCUCAAAAGAUCAUGGGUGAUUGCUUCUCAAGCUGCCAUGAUCUGCUCAGUAAUGUCACAGAAAAAGCAUUCGAAGAGUGGAAGAAGGACAAAGAGGUCUACAUCAUUGCUGACCCAACGUCUCGGCCUGGUGGAGCCCUUGGUCCCUUUCAAUCGGGGAGCGGACCGUACAACUGCCAGCGCCCGACACACUCCGUCAUGUCAUGGACAGAUCGUCAACUUGAGCUCGCACGCACGAACUUCUUCGCUGGCAAUGAUGCUCACGUUCCAGUCAUCCCGCUGGCGGUAUGCAAAGGUCGAAAGGCGUUGAGGUCGCCGACUAAGCAGUCGGAAGGUUUGCUCGCCGCGAUCACAAAGCACACCUUCUGGGUAGAGGACGACGCGGCUGCGGUGUUCAUCUCAGGCGUGAGCCAGUAUCAUGGGGGACUGCGGCCAAAGGCCUCGGGUAGGGUGAUCUGGUUCGAGCAGAAAGACGCAUGGACGUAA